UCAUUUUUUGGUUGAUAUAAAAGCAGGUGAACGGUUACCAAAAGUAUCCAGUAACAGUUUUGGGUUCGUUAACAAAACAACCCCAAAUUUAUUAAUUUAAUUUUUUUUAAUUAAUUACAAAUUAUUUUUUUUCAAAUAAUUAAAAAUGAAAUCGAUGCUUUUCUUUGGGCUCUUAGCUACCGCAUUUAUAUUGAGUGUUAAUGCUGAAGAUAAGAAAAAAGCUAGCGAAAGUAAAGGUGUUGAACCAAAAGCUAAAGCUGAUAAAAAACAAGAAAAACGUGGAAUUUUUAGUACUAGCUACGGUCAUGGUUUUGGUUAUGAUCAUCACGGUCUUGAUCAUUUAGAUUUAGGUGGUCACCAUUUUGAACAUUUUGAUAGUAGCAAUGAUUAUUCUCAUGGUCUUUCAAGUUAUGGUCAUGGACAUUAUGAUUUUGGACCACAUAUCGAUCAUGUACAUCAUCAUAAAACAAUAACACUUGUUAAAAAUGUUGCUGUACCAUAUCCAGUUGAAAAACAUAUUCCAGUUCCUGUAGAAAAACAUGUUCCAGUACCAGUUAAAGUACAUGUACCACAACCUUAUCCAGUUGAAAAAGUUGUACAUUAUCCAGUUAAAGAAAUUGUUAAAGUACCAGUACAUAUUCCAGCACCAUAUCCAGUAGAAAAACAAGUUCAUGUACCAGUUCAUGUACCAGUUGAUAAUCCAGUACCAGUUAAAGUAUAUGUACCCCAACCCUAUCCAGUUGAAAAACAAGUUCAUGUACCAGUUAAAGUACCAGUACCAGCCCCAUAUCCAGUUGAAAAGAAAGUACCAUAUCCAGUAAAAGUACCAGUUCAUGUACCACAACCAUAUCCAGUUGAAAAAAUUGUCCAUUAUCCAGUUCAUGUACCAUUUGAUCGUCCAAUACCAGUUCAUGUUCCAAAACCAGUACCAGUACCAGUUGAAAAACCAGUACCUGUUCCAGUUAUUAAAAAAAUUCCAGUACCAGUACAUGUACAUGUUGAUCGCCCAUAUCCAGUCCAUGUUGAAAAACCUGUACCAGUACCAGUUAAAGUACCUGUACCAGCACCAUAUCCAGUUGAAAAAGAAGUUCCAGUACCAGUUGAAAGACAUGUUCCAUAUCCAGUUAAAAUCCCAGUUGAACGUCCAGUACCAGUUCAUAUUGAAAAACAUGUACCAGUUGUUCACGAAUCAUACAAACCAUACAAAGUUCCAGUUGCAGUACAUACACCAGUUCAUUUACAUGAACCAUGGAGCAGUCACGGUCACAAUGAACUCUCUUCAUAUGGUGGCGAAUAUGAUCAUCAUUCUUACCAUCAUUAAUAUGAAAGAACAUUAAAUAAUUUUUUUUAAACAAAAAUUUAAAUAUUUUCCAAAACAAAAUAACAAGAAAAAAAAGCAUAAUAAUACGAAUUCUCUCCCUCUCAAUAAAAAACAAAAGCACUACAAAACAACUGUUAUAUUUUAAAACAUUAACAGUUCAUUUUUUUAGAGAGAGAGAGAGAGUAAGAAAAAAAAGAAUAAGCAACCCAUCUCUUUAAGGAGACGUAUUGUUGCAUUUCGUGAUAUUCAAAUUGUUUUCUACUUCUAUUAAAAUUUCAAGUUUUAAAAAAAACAAAAAAAAAUAAAAUGUUAUACUUCAUUAUUGUUUUCUAAAACUCUCUAUUUUCUAUAUUAUUUUCUCUUUUUCUAAUUGUUUUCUUCUAUUUGUUCUCUUCACUAAUUUAAUUCAUUAAAUUUCAUUUCAAAUUAUCUUUAUUAAACAAAAAGCUUAAUUUAAUUAAUUUUAGUAUUUAAGAUAAAUAAGAUUAAAACAUCAAAUAAAUAAAAGUCAUCAUUUGAAAACCCUUCAAAGAAAACGCUCCGAAUACCCCCUCAUAAGUACAUAAAUUAGAUAGAUACGAUAUACAAACAUAAUAUACAAAAGGGUUAUCGUUAUUUUAUUAUAUUAAAAUAAAAAAAAAAAUUAAAAAAAAAAUGGCCACACUGCCACUUAUUUUAUAGUAUUUUAUAGAAUAUUUAAUAAAAUAAAAAAUAAUAAAUAUAAAAUUACAAAAAAAAAAAAAAAAAAUAUUUACCAAAAGAAUUUUUGGAGAAAUUUUUCAAAUGAACAAAAAACAAAUCAGAAUAAAACACGAUAGAAAAAAAAAACAAAUAUGGCGGUACAAAAUAUAAAGUCACGAUUUUUGUUCUUUAUUCCCUAUUGAAUUAAAGAAAAAUUUUAAAUCGGACCGUUGUAUAUGAACCGUUAUUCAUCCAUAUUUAUGUUUUUAUUUUAUUCUUUUUUAUUUUUUGUUUUUAACUUCGGUUCUUGAAAAAAAUUUCUCCCGCCAAAAUUUUUAGUGAAAAAAAAAAAUUAUUUUUUGUUCUUUCUUGCCCAAAGUAACUUUUUUUUUAUUUGUUUUGUUUUUACCAUCCAUUUUGAACAUACAUAAAUUAUAUAAAGUGUAUACAAUCAUGCCAAAUACACAAACAUGCAAGUAUUUAUUAUUGCUUUAUUUGCACAAAAUGUACAUAAAAAAUAUCAAAAUUGCCAAUAUAAAACAAUAAUAAUGUUAUUUAUGUGUUUGUGUUUUUAGUAAAAGAAAAUAUGAUUGUGUACAUACAUACAUAAAAAAAAGCAAAAUCUCGAUAUUUCAUUUUUAUACAUUAA